AUGGCGGAGGUAUUAAAUAGACAGGUUGCUUUGGCCUUCACUAAAGAGAAGGAUAUUGGGGAGAAGAUGGAGCUUAAAUUAAUUGAGAGUAAGGGGCACAAUACUGUGUUGGAUGAUUGGAAAAAAUCAUUUAAUGAAAUACCAGCAUCUGUGAGUAGUGAUCUUACUGAUAUUUCUACCUAUGAUGUAGCAUCUACCACUCUGAUAUAUGAACCAAAACCUACACAAGUUGAAGAACUUACUCCAGUUCAAACAUCUAAGGAGCGUAUUCCCCGACCGGGAAUAAAAACUCAGGAGGCAGGCAGGAUACAGGAGCAUCAAAUAAUUGAAAAGCAACAGACAAUUCCAGAGUUCAUCCCAGUCCCAGAUUUGAAGAAUACAAUGAUUGUCGAAGAUCCCAGAACACAGUCUGCUGUAACUCAAAAAAAGAAAAAAAUAAAGAGAAAGAUAAUUUCAAAGGUGGCCAAGCAAGCAAAGGUUUACCAGGUUGAUGGCAGGACAGUUGAGAGAUUGACUGACCGACCGACCGUUUUCGCUGCAGUUCUGACAAAUGAGGAAAUGAAGAAUUUCAGAGCUCGAGUCGAAGAGGUGGUGAGGGAGAAUGAACAGCUUCAUCAACAACGUGAAAGAAAUGGUGCUGUUAGCAGCAAAGAGUGGAAUCAAUUGCAGGAUCAGGCAAAGUUGGUUUUGGAGGAAAACCAAGUCCUGAUGGAGCAGCUAGAGAUACAGCAAGCUAAAGCAAAAAGCAGUCACAGCAGACACAUACAAGAAGUGUCAAAAUUGACUAAACAAUUGAUGCUGCUGGAAUCGGAGAAACAAAGCCAACAAAAGGAAUUACGUGAGACUCAACAAGAGUUGAACAAACUUUCCUCAAAGUAUGACCAACUUAAAGCAACUCUUGAUGACAGAGUGAGAAUUGAUGACCAUACUGCAAUGGUGAACGAUCUCAAAGGGAAACUACAGCUGGAACAAGAGAAACACCAUGUAGAAGUGGAGGAAUUGAUGGGAAGAAUUGCAUCUUUGCAAGCUGAAAAGAAGAGCUUACUCCUUGAAAAGACAGAAUUAAUAGCUGACAAUAAGACUUUAGAAGCAGAGCUACAGGUAGCACAGAAGUCAAACAGGCUAGCACAGAAGAAGAUAGGUCUUCUGAAACAGCAAGCAGAAGAGGCCAUGGAGAAAGAAAUAGCAGCUCACCAAUAUCUGGCAAACUUGAUUGGUCUUGCUGAAAAGACCGCUCAUGAACGUGAUCAACUUGUACAUGUGACCAAAAGCCUGACAAAUGAGAAACAUGGAGUUUUAAACAAGAUUGUAGCAGGCAAUGUGCGUUUGGGCAAGUUGGAAGAACAAGUAAAGAUGUACAAAACAAAAGCUGCCAUGAAGCUUGGAGACAUGAACAACCGUAUGAAGGAACAAGAAGAGGAUUUUGCCAGAAGGACUGCUCAGUACCAGCGGGAAAUACGGCGUCUUCAGCAGCUACUGAAGGACAAGCAGGAAACCCUUGAUGGACUGCUUGAACAGCAAAGACAAGUUGAAUCUGAACUUGAAACAGUUUGGGAAUCAACGACACGAGAGAAUCGUCGGAUAAAGGAUCUUUUACGUGGCACUGUACAUAAAAGCAAUCUCUUAGACACUGUCAGCUUUGAUCGAUCAGAUAUAGAAGGAAACCUUCGCAAGUAUUUAGGCAGCCAAUCAGAUUUCAGAGCAAUCAGCUAUUGUGAUGUAAUACUGUCCUCUGCUAGAAGGAUAGAAGAUAGAAUGACACAUGAAAAUGACCUGCAGCUAAAUGUUAAUAAGCAUUCACCUCAUCGUGUGGCUGAAAGUGGAGAUUGUGCAAUCAUGCAGCAAAAAAAGAAAAAGCGCAGAGAAGAAACUGUCAAGAGUCCGAUGUUUGAGUCUGAUUCUGAUCAGCAGCAAAUUGUCUCCUCUGAUGAAAGUGACAAAAAUGAGCAUGAUUUCUACUCUUAAAUUUUCAAAUGUGAAUUGUGAUCAUAUUAUUCCUGUAGAUGGUACAAUAUUCACAGAGACUGAUAACUGGAAGUCUGAUUUUUUUUUAAAAUUAACAGCUAAAAGAAUGACAUAGCAAGAUUUCAUAUUUUAAAACUAUAUUGUAGCCAUAUACUUAAAAAAAACCCUAACACUAUUGUUUUGUGGUGAACAAUUUAUACUUUGAAGUACUUUAAAUGGAACAGAGCUCCCCCACCCUGUUCUUAGCCCAGAUAACAUCCUUCACAGCUAUACUUUACACAGAACUUUACCAAGACAGUCAGCUUUCCCAGAAUCAAUCCAAAGUGAUUCUUAACUCCUGAGAGUUUAUUCCUGUUCAGUUCUUUUGUCAAACAGGUAAUUUGUAAUCUUAAUCUUCAUCUAAUCUAUACUUAAUGUCUUUUACAGUGAAGUUCUUUUUUCCUGGGCGUACUUCUUCUAGCCCAUGCUAGGUGAAUCUGCCAACCUUGUUUUAACUCCCCCUUUCUCCUGGAUCCAGACAGACCAAAUGUUCUGGGAAAAUCUGUAAUCUGUCCUUCAAUGGCUUCCUUUACCUUGGUGACUUGAAUCAUAUGGAGCCGUGUAUCUACAUAGAAAUGCUUAAUAUCUACCCUUCAGAGCCUUAACCUUCUAUCAGUUUGAAGUAAAUCAAUAGUUUAAAUCACAGCUGUUCAUAACAAGACAUUCUCAACAUUUUUCUGGAACUUUCAAGGCUCUUAAUCGUCACUGUUAACACACAGGCUGUCGCCAGUCUCCAAGCAUAAAUAUUCUGCACCUUCUUCCCAGUAAAACAAUCUAAACCUUCCUUUGAUGUUUUGGGAUUGAAACCACCCAAGCUUAUUGCCAGACAGACAUCAGAACAGGUCACAUAACUUCCUUCAUUUUACAAUUAAAUUUAAUGGCAGAAUUUGAAAAUAUAAUAAUCUUAUACAUACAUUGUAACAAUAUGUUUUUCUCGUGUACUUGUUGAAAUUGAAAUGUUUAUGUACUGAAAAACUGUUUUUAGUUACUUCAUGUUAACCAUUUUGAAAAAAAACAUCAUUUAAAGAUGCAUACUUUUGUUGGCUUUAUUUACAUUGUAAUGGUAUGCAUCCCUGAAUACAUCUUGCCACCUCUGGUUAAAAUUAUCCAGAUUUUCACAAUUUGUUUGGACUUUUGAACCUCAGGGAUUUGGUUUUCCUUUAAAAUUUGAUUUAAUUAGGUGUCUUAUUUCCUGGAGAAAAAUAUUUAAAUGAAAUUGUCAUUUUACUUUCUUUUUAAAUAGUAAGUAGUUAUCCUUAAUCUUCUAAUACAAUGGUUUCCUGCUGAGACAAUUACAUAACGCCAAGGGACAUUACUUCAUGCUAUGGAAUAUUUGUGGUUUGUUGAGUUUUGCAGGGGUGAAGUGGAAAGGAAUAGUUGGAAUUUUAUACUAGUGUUUUUGUGUGCAGGGAUGGGAAUUUUACAUCGUAAAAACAUUUUUCUCUCAGGAUUGCUGACAAAUAAGUAUACUGGGAAUUGUCAGUGAAUUGCAUAAUUUACCUAUAAACAUUUUUAUAGUGCAACGUGAAUGUACCUUCUAAAUGAAGUGAAUACAAUAUAUUAGAUGAGAAAAUGUUUAUUAGUAGGUGUUUAGUACCCUUCAACACUAACUAAAGAGAAAGUGUUGAUUUAUGCAGCACCUUGAGUUUGUACUUAAUAAUGGAUUUGUUGAUUUUGUUAAGAAUACUUGGAUAAAUUAAAUUUGCCAAACCAAAUUUUGCUUAAUGGUACAUCAAAUUUGUGACAUAUCAAUAAUGGAAGAACAUAACAGUAGGAAAAGCAUUUGCAGUAAACAAUUGAUGAAUCAAAUACCAGGGAAAUAGGUUGAAAUUUGGGUUAAGCAGAGCUUUGUGAUAGCUGCAGAGGCGCACAAUGUGUAUAAGUGUAAACCGUUAUGCCUACAAAUAUCUAUUUGAAAUGUUAUAUAUUGAACCUUUGCUACAAUGCAUUAAAUACCUCCUUAAUCUGGUGGUGUGUGAUGCAAAAAGUACAAAAACGUUAUUUAUUCUAUACUUGCUCAUUUUGCAUGUCACUUUGUAGAGACAUCUUCAUGAUGUAAAAUGAUGGCCUGUCCAGCAUUUCAUACUUGAGUUCACUCAGUCCAAGUCACUACCUCUAAUUGGUCGAUGUGGUCAUAUGACAUCUGACAGGAGUACUAGGCUUGUUUUGCCAUGUAGGUAUCUCUAAUGCAAAGGAUUUCAGCAUUGUUUACCUUGCUGGCGCUGAAACAUGGGUUUGGCUAAAACAGCCAGCCACUGCAGAAUUACAACUAAUCAUGGGCAUUGUUUUAACUGAUUUGCUAUAUGAAUGAUUGAUAACUUUGACACAGUGCAAUUUUAUGUCGACCAACUCAUCAAGAUUGGGUUGUAUUUAAAUGCUUAGCAAAUAAAAGGA